AUGUCGCCAACGGUCGAAGAGACUGUGGACCCGAACGAUGAGCUCAUGUUCCUGUGCCUGGGAGGUGGAAACGAAGUGGGGAGGUCGUGCCAUAUCAUUCAAUACAAGGGCAAGACUGUCAUGCUCGACGCCGGCAUGCAUCCCGCUUUCGACGGUCUUUCAGCCCUUCCGUUCUACGAUGAUUUCGAUUUGAGCACCGUCGACGUGCUUCUGAUCAGCCACUUCCAUAUCGACCAUGCUGCUUCACUACCCUAUGUUCUGGCAAAGACAAAUUUCAAGGGCAGGGUUUUCAUGACCCAUCCCACGAAGGCAAUCUACAAGUGGCUUAUACAAGAUUCCGUUCGUGUGUCGUCCAACUCCAGUUCGACUGAGCAAUCAUCGACACCAUACACAGAAGCAGACCAUGCGAGCACAUUUCCAAUGAUUGAAGCCAUUGACUAUCACACCACGCACACCAUCUCAUCAAUCCGCAUCACGCCCCUUCCAGCUGGACAUGUCCUCGGGGCAGCCAUGUUCUUAAUUUCGAUUUCCGGGCUCACUAUACUUUUCACGGGCGACUACAGCAUUGAGCCUGAUCGCCACUUAAUUUCAGCAUCUGUUCCGGCAAACGUCAAAGUUGAUGUGUUGAUCACAGAGAGUACAUAUGGUGUCGCGUCGCAUGUCCCUCGUCUAGAGCGUGAGCAGGCCCUAAUGAAGUCUAUUACGGGAAUCUUAAACCGUGGGGGGAGAGUCUUGAUGCCCGUAUUCGCAUUAGGCAGAGCUCAAGAGUUAUUAUUGAUUCUGGAUGAGUAUUGGUCACGGCACAAGGACCUGCAAAAUAUACCCAUCUACUAUGCAUCGAACUUGGCCCGAAAGUGUAUGCUCGUUUACCAAACAUAUGUUGGAGCCAUGAAUGAAAAUAUCAAGCGCCUAUUCAGGGAGAGGAUGGCUGAAUCUGAAGCCGGAGGUACCAACGGAGGGCCGUGGGAUUUCAAAUAUAUUCGCAGUCUCAAAAGCUUGGAGCGGUUCGACGAUGUUGGAAGCUGUGUAAUGCUUGCAAGUCCGGGUAUGAUGCAAAAUGGAGUUAGCAGGGAGUUACUUGAGCGCUGGGCACCAAGUGACAAGAAUGGCGUGGUUAUUACCGGCUACAGCGUGGAAGGGACAAUGGCGAAGUCUAUUAUGCAAGAACCAGAUCAGAUCCAAGCUAUUAUGUCACGAAACGGGGCAAAUAGAAGAGCAGGAAGAGGAGGUGAGGACGGAGAAAAAGUCAUGGUCCCCAGGCGUUGCAGUGUUCAGGAGUUCAGUUUCGCUGCUCAUGUUGAUGGUGUUGAGAACCGAGAAUUCAUUGAAAAGGUUGCCGCGCCUGUCGUUAUUCUUGUCCAUGGCGAGCAACAUAAUAUGAUGCGAUUGAAAUCGAAACUUCUUUCUCUUAACGCCAAUCUCCCCGAGUCCAAGAAGGUUAAGGUUUACUCGCCACGUAACUGCGAAGAAGUACGUAUUCCAUUUAAAGCCGACAAAAUUGCGAAAGUUGUUGGAAAGCUAGCAAACCUAUCUCCUCCAACGCUAUUGACCAGCGGGGAAGGCGGUGAAUUGCAAUUUGAUGACGGAGGUAAGAUAAUCAGCGGCGUUCUUGUGGAGAACGAUUUCAAGCUCUCCCUCAUGGCGCCUGAGGAUCUCCGUGAAUAUGCCGGUUUAACUACUACGGUGGUUAUGUGCAAGCAACGAAUACGAUUAGGUGCUGCAGGGAUUGACCUAAUUAGGUGGGCAUUAGAAGGAACAUUUGGUUCUAUCGAAGUCAUAUCCCAGGCGACAGACGGGGAGCCUGUAAAAGACGAGAAUGGUGAUACCCAUAUGAACGGCAACGAAUCUGUUGAGAAGGCAGACGAAGAAGUUAUGCGGGCAAGCACCACAACGUAUCUGGUUAUGGGAUGCGUGACCGUGAGGUAUAGAAGCAAUGGCGAAGUCGACAUCGAGUGGGAAGGGAAUAUCCUGAACGAUGGUAUUGCUGACGCAGUUAUGGCUGUCUUAUUUUCGGUCGAGAGCAGCCCAGCAGCCGUCAAACAAUCUUCAAGUAAACACGAUCAUAACCAUGGUCAUGAUCACGGCCAUUUCUUGCCCGAUCGCAAUCCACACGCAGAUGUUUCCCCGGCAGAGCGACUGGAGCGGCUGUUCUUGUUCCUUGAGGCACAGUUCGGUUCAGAUGCACUGAACCCGAUCGAAAUACCAAAACUACCUGAACUACUUCCUGAAGAGGCUGGAGCCGAUGUCAAGGAUGAAGAAGAUGAAACAAGGGAAGCAGAGAAAAUCGAACUAGAGAGGCUGCAUAAGGCAGGCAUUCCCGUUCCCGGCGUGGAAAUUAAGGUCGAUAAGAUGGUGGCAAAGGUUUGGCUUGAGAAUCUGGAGGUUGAAUGUGCAAACCGGGUAUUUGGUGACAGAGUCCGGGCCGUUGUUGAACGGGCAGUUGAAAUCGUGGCGCCGCUUUGGGGAUAG